UGCUUAAUCACACAAGCUUUGAGAUUCGGAGUUCACAAUCAAAGAGUGAAUUGAUUCAUCCGAACCCUUGGGGAAUUUUCUUCACGCAAUUCCCUUCUCAUCUCUUCGUCGCCGGAGAAGCAACCCAGCAAUGGUGUAUCAUUCUAGUUUUGUUGAUGAAGAGGGAAUCACCAAAGCUUGUGGCUGCCCUCUACUUCCCCUGAAGAGUCAUAUCAAGGGUCCUGCACCAGUCUCUGAACAAGAUAAAGUUGACAUUGUUGAUGAAGCAAUAUCAUUCUUUCGAGCAAACGUCUUCUUCAGAAACUUUAACAUUCAAAGUUCCGCUGACAAGCUUCUCAUUUAUUUAACAUUUUACAUUAACGUGGCAUUGAAACGGCUCGAGGGCUGCAGAACUUUAGCUGUAGGAACCAAGGCGAUUAUUAACUUAGGUCUUGAGAAUGUUCCCGUGCCGGGAGAAGCUGGCUUUCCUUUUGGUGGCCUCUUUUCCCUCCCUCAAUCUCAGGAAGAAGCAGAGAUAUUCAGGAAUUACCUGAAGCAGAUAAGGGAAGAAACAAGUGGGAGAUUGCUCAGCUGUGCUUACAGGCCCAAUGGCACCCCAAACAAAUGGUGGUUGGCAUUUGCAAAGAGGAAGUUCAUGAACACCAUUGUUCCUCAGUAGUUCACUUUGCUGCUCAUUGAACAAAGUACAGCUUGACUUCAUUGAUCAUCAGGUAUGUAUUACUAGAAUGCUUUCUACUUGUACUGUUCUUCUUGCUUGGUCUCUUAUCAUUUCCUACAUAUAUAUGUUUAAAGAGCAUGUCGAUGUAUCAAGUCAUUGGUUUAAAUUCUCAUAUAUAUUUUUAAGCAUAGCCUUUUUACUUUCUGUGUUCAUAAAAUUACCCCCGAAUUUUUACAGUUCA